AUGGACAUUGGAGUAGGGUAUGGUUCUCAGCGCGGCCGGCUGGGGAGGCAACUAGCUCGUGCUGGCGGCAAAGCCAAGCUGGGCGGCGGCGCGCUUGUGCUGUUUUUUCUCUGGCUUCUCUUGGGCCGCAAGAAAAGCCCGGCCACCCAGGAGCUCGCACAAGAGCCCAACGACGUCCAAAGCCUGAUCCAGGAGCACGAGAUCCGCCGCGAGAACGUCCAGUACCUCAGUUUGCGCCCGCCGUUCGUGAAUCCGGCCACUCUCGCGAUGAUCAACUACGACAACGGCGGCAACAUGGUGAUGAAAAAAGACUCCGACUACGUGCGUCUCGUGCCCGAGCGGCCCAAUUCGGUCGGGUAUGUGUUUUCGCGGCUGCCGGUCUCGCUCCAGGACGCCGACUCGUUCGAGGCAGUCGUCGACUUCAAGAUCCACGGCCAGCAGACGCGGAUCUCGCUGAUUGGCGACGGCAUGGCGUUCUGGCUCACGAGCCAGCCGCUGAGCCAGGGCGACAUGUUUGGCAUGCAGAACGACUACCGCGGGCUCGCGGUGAUUGUGGACACGUUCAAGAACACGCCGGGCAAGAUGCGCGACAACAGGGGCGCCAACAGCUUCCCCAGAGUCUCGAUCCAGAGCAACAACGGGUUUGCGGGCAAGUACAACAAGGACGACGACGGAACGGCGACGGAGAUCGGCAGCUGUGCGCUGCACAGGGCGUACAACACGCGCAUGGACGCGCCGUCGCGAAUGCGUGUGCGGUAUAUCCGCUCGUCUGGGUAUUUUAGCGUCGAAUUCGAUAUUCUGGGCAACGACAACUGGAAAACAUGUUUCAGCACCACAGAGCUUGCUGCGUCGCUCGUGCCAGAGACGCCCUACGUGGGGGUCAGUGCAGAGACGGGCGAGCUGUUCCACAACGUGGAUCUGUACGGCAUAGAGGUGCACUCGCUCAAGGACGCCUCGGGGGGGCCUGUGCAGUCGAUCGACGCGCUGAUCGACCGGCUCGACGACAGAAUCGACGCCGAGACAAAGCAGCACGAGGCCAAGAGACGGCACCGCCGGUUCAACAAGCCGCAGAAGACCACCACCCGGCGCACCGCGAGCCGGCUCAGGCGGUCGGAACAGCGCGCCAAACAGCUCAACAAGGAGCUGUACAACGACGAGCGAGGAGCCGUCGGCUACUUCUUCAGUCUUGUGUGGCGUCUGACCACGUACGCCCUGUAUACGGCCAUGUUUGUUGUUCUGGCGUACAUCGGCCUUCUGGGCUACCGCGUGUACCGCGACAAGCGCAAGAGACGCAACCAGCGGGGACUUCUGUAA